CUGUCAUUCUGUUUUCAAAUUUUAACGGCUGCGAUACUGGGUUGCUUCUGAAACGAAACUUGAAUUGUUUUGACGAAAUUGUUUUCGGUAGGAAAUAAUGGAUAGAAAGUGUAUUAUCAGUUAAACUGCUACUUUUAACGAUGGAGCCAUCAAAAGAAGCAAUUGCUGUGCGUAUAACACGGUUGAAUCGUCAAAUUUUAGGCAAAGUUACUAGUGGUGCAAAUAAACUGAAUAAAAAGACUAUUGACCGUGAAGCUCUUCUGGAUGCUCUAACUGUGCUAUAUGAUGAAUGUAAUGAAGACCCCGUGAAGAAGAGUGAUGAGCUCGUUCGAGCUUUUGUGGAUAAAUAUAGGAGCACUCUUGCAGAGUUACGUCGGACUCGGGUGUGUUACUCUGAUUUUGAUAUACUUCAAACUAUUGGUAGAGGUCAUUUUGGGGAAGUACAUUUGGUACGUGAGAAAGAAACAAGUGAUGUUUAUGCAUUGAAGACACUGCGUAAGGAACAGGCACGUAAGCGGGCUGCCGGUGCUGCAGAGGAUGAGCGAGAUGUGUUGGCCAAUGCAUCAGGGCCAUGGAUUCCAAAACUUCAAUAUGCUUUCCAGGAUCACAGUAAUCUGUACCUAGUGAUGGAGUUGUGCUCGGGCGGCGAUUUGGCGGGACUCAUGGCACGUCGCAACCACCCGUUGUCGGAACGCGACGCUGCUUUCUAUGUGGUAGAGAUUUGUCACGCGCUCAAAACCCUUCACAGCAUGGGCUACGUUCACAGGGACGUCAAACCGCAUAAUAUACUACUGGACAGAUGCGGUCACGUGAAGCUUGCCGACUUCGGUUCUUGCGCGCGCCUGUCAGAGGGCGGGGGCGGUUGUUCGUCGCUCGCGGUUGGAACAGCUGACUACGUGGCGCCCGAGUUGCUGGCUGCGGCGGACUGCGCGCGCCGACACACUGUCUGUCAACAGUACUGCCGCGCGAUUGUUACCAACGCCAUUACGGCUUGCGAUUACUGGUCUUUGGGUGUGGUGGCAUUUGAAUUGGUAACACUCAAGCGACCCUUUUCAUCGGGUGACGAAGAUUCUAUCGCCGAAAUACUUGCCAAUAUACAAAAAUAUGAACGCGACCCAGAAUCGCAGCCUUCAUUCGAUCCAUCUCCGAACGGUCCAUCGAAUGAAUGGCGGGCGUUGGUAGCAGGAUUGCUUCGAGUGACUCCGGCAAAACGCUACAGCUACCUAGAUACGCUGCAACAUGCCGCCUUGGCGCAUACAGCCAUGCAUUCUAUACGAGAACAGGCCCCUCCAUGGGUUCCCCGUCUGCGUGGUGCGGAAGACGCGUCGUACUUCAGCGUGGAGCCUCGAGCGUCGGCGCCGCCAUCAGCCGCGCCAUUCCGCUCGCGACCGCCCUUCGCCGGACAACUCCCUUUCGUAGGAUAUUCAUAUGUCGCAUUGGAAGAAAACGACGAUAGCACUGGAGGAUUCAACGCGUCACAUGACUGCACUGCCAUAGACUUGGCUACUUUUAAAUCUGCAGAAAAAUUAGCCAUAAUGCGCGGACGCGAGGUCGCCUCGCUACAAAGCAAGUUAGCAGCGGCCGAAGCGGCAACGGGGGCCGAAGCGGAACGAACGCGCCGCGAAGCCGAAGCCGAGGCUGAAAGGACGCGCGCGCGUUUACAGGCCGAGAUCACUGCGCUUAGUUUACAGAACAGACGAUUAGAGCGUCAAGUCGAAGUCGAGAAAGAGGAACGGAUGGCACUCCAACGCACCAAUCAGGAGUUAUCUACGGGCAUCGCCGAACGCAACGCGAGCGAAGUUCACGCUGCGCGAGCGCAAGCGGCGAGUUUGCAAUCGGAAAGAGAUGUUCUUAAGGAAGACUUGAGAAGAUUAGAAGCUAGAAUAGCUGAAUUGCAAGGAGAAUGUGCGAGAGCUACGGCCGCCGCUGAUACGGCGCGUACGCAACACCAACACUACAGGGAUUCGGUAGCGAAAGAGCGCGCGUUACGUCGCCAAACUCUUAGCGGUGGUGAAGCGGAGAAUCGUGAGCUCGCAGCACGAGUGGCUACUGCCGAAGCGACGGCUACUAGGGAGACUCGGGCCCGCGAAAAUAUGGAGAAACGGCUCGCCGAUUUGGAAGACGAAUACGGUGCAUUGCAAGCGGAGAACGCGGCACUACUAGCCGACUUGGACGCAGUGAAAAAGGACUUUAAAAGAGCGACGGAAUCAGCAAAUGAAAAGCAUCGGUUAGUCGACGCAUUAACAGAACAACUAAAGGACGUCCAGCAACAGGUUACACAAGAUCGGGUCAGAAUACCAUCCCUUCUUGCUCAAGUUCAGGAACUGGAGCAAGGGUUAGAAGAAGCGGCACGGCGCGAGGCGGCACUGGAGGAACAGUGUUCUAGAACCGAGGCGAGACUGAGAGAGAGGCUAGAAGCAGCGGACGCUCGAGUCACUGCUGCCGUCAGCGAUGAGGCACGCCAUAGAGAAAAGGUGAACACACUAGAGCAGUUAGUACGCCGACUGGAGCGCGAAGUAUCGUCGUUGGAGAAUCGCGUGUGUGGCGCGUGCGCAGCCCGCUCGAUGUCCGAGAGUGGCGACAACAAGGCGGACGCACACAGCGACACAGAGAGCCUCGCCGACGCCGCGCACGCGCAAUUGGCACUGCUCAAGGAACAACUGGAGCGGGCCGAGCGACAGCUGCAGGCACGCUCUGAAGAAAUCGCCACACUGAAACAGGAAUGCCGAACCGCGAAUCUCGCCAGGUGGCGGAAAGAGCGCGAAUAUAAUGAUCUCUCAACAGAAGCCAAGUCUACAGCGAGAGAUCUCAAGAGGGCAGAAGAACGCCUAGCACACGCACAAGAAGCGCGUAAAACAGCUGAACAAAAAGCUACAGCUUUCGAAAACGAGAUAACAACAAUGAAACCACAGUAUGAGCGAGCUAGUAAGGAAGUGUUAAGAUUAAAGGAACGCUUGGAGAAGCUGCAGAAAACUCACGAGACUGCUCAGGCCGAAGUAGAUAGAUCACGCAACGAUAUUCGUAAGCUGAAAAGUGAACUGCAGUACAGCGAAAAGCGACGUAUGCACGCCGAGGAACAAGAGGAACUAUCGAGUCGCGAACGUACUCAGCUCAGGGAUGAACUACAUCAGGAGCGGGCACAGAACACGCAACUCACUGAGAAUAACAAAGCAUUACAAGAAGCAUGCAGUUUGCUAGAGGAACAGCUAACAGACUUGGAAAAGUUAACUGACAUCCAUGAACUUAAAAGCAAAGAUCUUGAAGCGGAGACGCAGCGGUUACGUAGUGAACUGGAGGGUUGUCGCAGCCGUCUUAUGAUAGUGGAACGACAGGCGGUAGAACGCGACGCGGCGGCAACGCUAGCGGAACAACAGCAUAUAGACGCGCGCGAUAUGGCGAGACAAACGCACUGCCAACUACAACUGCUGAGGGAACGGCUUGAGAACCGUGAAGACCGCGUGGCCGAACUGGAAUCCCGCAUAGCGACGCUAGAGAGCGACCACUCCGCCACUGAGGCAGCUCUCAAUAGUGCGAUGAGACGCGUGCGCGACUUGCAGGAGGAAAGCAGCGCGCUACGGACCAGAGCUCACGAUCAUCACUCGCACGCGCUGCAACUGCAAGCCAGCUUAGCGGACGCACAAGAAGAAGCAGCCGCGGCCCGCGAGGCAGCCGAGGCAGCGGCGGCGUGGUGGCGGACACGCGAGACCAAGGCCGACGCCACGCUGCGGCAACAGGCCAAGCUGAUAGACUUCCUGCAGGCUAAAGUAGAAGAAGCGGGUCGCAAGAAAUGUUCUUUGAGCAACAAACUGUUUGGCCGCUCCGGACGCAGAUCUGCCGCGUCGCCGCCUCUACGUCGUGCCAAUAGAGAACUACGAGAAGAAGUUGAAAGAUUACGCGCACAACUUGCCAAGAGAAAUGGCGAAACUGAUUAUCCCCCAUUCCCUGCCACACCCAAACGUGAAAAGCCAAAAACCGAGAAAAAUAAGAGAAAAAGCAUAGAUACGCCUGACGGUCCUCAAGAUAAUAAUGCGCUUCAAAUAAUAUGGGCUGACGGCACUCGCGAUCGCGUAAGGGGCAGAUAUGAAGAAGGCUCUUUAAUACUCACCAGCGGAGAGAGAACCUUACGGGCUAUGUAUGUGACUGACCACGCCGACCUUCCAUACAACGAGGCCGCCAGGGCGUUUACUGUGAAGGUAGACAGUCCGUCGAAGUCCCAGAAGGCUGCGAUAGUUUGCCCCAGCGUGAUGUCUCGUAGUGAAUGGGUGACUAGGUUAAAGGCCGCUCCCGUUUUCUCUGCUGCACCGCCAGCCUCGUAUUUACCGCUGGCGCUCGUGAAUGUGACCACGUCGCCUUCUGCUGGCUUGUAUGUGGCGCCCGACGCUGUGGCUAUUGGUUGUGCGGAUGGCUUGCAUUCGCUUCGCGGUCCCGUCCGUGUGGAAUACGAAGGCGAGACGUAUGGAUCACGUGAAUCACCCGAAGGUGCAAGGAUACGGGGCGUGGCUUCCGCCGCGGGGAGAGCUUUACUACUCCACUCUAAUGGAGUAUUCCAUACACCGAUACAUACGCUCGCAUCGGCUUUAAGACGCGCACAGAAUCUACAUCCCGUAGUACAGGCUGUGGCUAUACGAUUGCCGGACAACACUACGCCCCAUCUACUCAAGGUAGCGGUAGGCAGCGAAGGUUUCGAAGGCGCAUGCGCAGCAGUAGCGUGCGGACGACGCGUAUUUCUAUUACGUUUCGACGCCGCCGCCACAGAGUUCAAAAUCGCACGAUCCCUCACCGUCGACCGACCGCCAUCUUCUAUCCUGCUCACACGCCACGCGCUAUACAUCGCCGGAGAGAAACCGCUACGAAUAAAUCUACCUGCCGGGGCGUUAGAAGCAUUCGGCAUCGACGAACCGAUUGUCGCGGCUGCUGCAAGAAAACAUUCGCCACCCCGGGCUAUCCUUCUUAUAAGACAAGAACCGAUCGAAAUUCUCCUCUGCUACGCCGAAUGCGGUGUGUUUGUCGACGAGCACGGAAAACGAACCCGCAACGAAGACCCCAAGUGGAGCACCGCUGUCCACGCGUGGGAAUUCGUCGAACCCUUCCUCUACAUCGUGGGCGACGAGAAAAUCACCAUUCUUUACAUCAACGAGGACGUUUACCGUGCCCCGCCAUGUACCUGCGAUACGAGUUCCUUAGCGUCGACCGCUUCCGAAUGCUACCUACCCGAAAUAUUCAGCUUGAAGAUAAAAGAGCCCGUUCUACUAGGUACAACGCCCAAUGGAAUUCUUGUCGGCUCUGUAGAUGAAGAAGGCUAUAAAGUGUCGAUAGUGGAAGGGAUAACAGCGUUCAGAAGCGUCGGGGCAUCUGUGGAAUCUCUUGAAACUAUCUCGGAUUCAAAAAGCUCAUCGACAGACUUGGGGCAGUCUGUUACCGACUUGUCGCCUCACGAAGUAUCGCGCGCUUCACAAGACAGCGUGGAAGCUACUACUGGCUUCUUAGCUGACAUCAGAAAGAGGGCGCGCCAGCUCAGGAACAAGAAUCGCAAAGAUCAAACCCCCGAUGACGUCAUAAAAGAGAUUCUAACUACUGAAGUGGGAUUGAAGCGCACCAACUUGAGCGGCAGAAAGUCGCCGGCUUCAGUCUCGGAGUUCGACUCCGAUUCUACGGAGAGUGAGGAAAAGACUGCAUCGUCCAAGUGCACGAACGAUAUAUGCGCUGAAAUGUUCACAAGGCAAGUGCGCUUUCAAUAGCUGUUUUGUUAUAUCGUUAUUACCCAUAUUUAAUGAACACUAAUUGUUUAAUUUUAAUUCUUACCAUCAUAGCUUUCAAUUUACCAUUUGAAAGAUGUUUAACAUUACCCCAAUAAUUAAAGUAUUUUGUUUCUCUAUAUUUAAAGGACUUUUAUCUUUACAGACGUGUCAGUCCCAUCGUGUACUUAUAUAAAUUAACAAACCAUCUAAGCCAAUUAACGUAAUAUGUUAUUGUCGGAAGAAAGACGCGGCAGACAUAUAAAGCGAUACAGCAUUCUAGCCUCUUCCGAGACCGGUUGGGCCAGAAUGCUGUGAAACACACCAAUGUCUGCCAUAUUCAAUUUACAUUUGUUAACAAACAAUAAUUGAAGUUAUGUUUUUCGAGUUUUGUUCAAAUGACGAAAAUUAAAAGCUAUCGUGAUUGGAGUUCAAAUCAAAUAAAUAAGGUUCUAGUUCUGUUUUAAGAUACCUUACCUUGUCGACAGUCGACUUUCGAGAUAUUCUUAUCCACUUGUAAUUUAGAAUAUUCUUUAGAAAAAGUAAUAAUGACCAUAGCCAAGAACACCGCUUAACUUAGUUUGGUUUUUGGGAUAACAUUUACUCUUUAUUUUUAUAGAACAGCGAAUCUAUUUAACUGAUUUUUAGGUAGUAUUUUAUUUAUAAGUAUUUAUGAUUCCUCUUUUGUAUUAAAUAAUAUUUCAAUAUUGGUGUAGAUAUUGCUUCUGCGCUUCGAGAGAGAUUAGUAUUUUAUUGUACAUUUUUUUUCUCUAGUAGUAACUCUGUUAUUAUAAAAUACAUUGUACUCAUCAAUACCAUACCAUUAAAGAUAACUUUUGAAUAAUUAUUAAUAUUAAUUAUUAUUUGUAAAUUACUACUUAUUAAUAUUAACAAUACUUACAAUAAUAGGGGUGACGACGGGGUAAAGUAAACGAAAUUCUAUUUAAUCCGUCAGUUAAAUGAUCAAAAAAUAAUGGACAAGUAUUUUUUCUUUUGGCAAUCAACCAAAAAAAGACAAAGAUAAAGCGCGUCAAAGUUUGGGAGUAGGGGCUCGUGACGUCACUUUUAAGUGAAAAUUGAACCAAAACGUGACUUCAUACGACUUUUCAAAUCAAUAUAUCUCUCCAAUGUUAAUAUUAUGUAAAAAAAUAAAGAAUACGUGUCCAAUACUUUUUGAUAAUCUAAAGGAUUUUAUUAUCAUAGACAUGAAUACAAAUUACUGCCUAUGAAACUGUUAUGAUUACACGGCUCAGUAAUCUAAGGCACAUGUUCCACCUCCGACGAUGAACGAUAAGCGAGUAGAAACUAGAAACGAAUGGGCAGUCCUGAGUUAAAAUGCACGAGCACGGCUUCUAACAGCCAAGCCAGCUUAACCGAGCGAGUAUAGCUGAGCGAGUAUCGCUGAGCUAGUAUCGCUGAGCGAAUAUCGCUGAGCGAGAAUCGCUAAGCGAGUAUCGCUGGGCGAGUAUCGCUGAGCGAGUAUCUCUAUGCGAGUUUGGCUGAGCGAGUCUUAUCUUUAAUAACUAUUGUCACUCAGCUACAAACGAGUAGAGAGAGUUCUCGCCGGCGACAGUGUGAUCAUUCAGCUAUCAACUAUUAAUAUAAAAAAAGAUGGCGCGUAACGGAAAAAUGUGACGCGUAACCGAAAAAUGUGACGGUAAAUUUUUUUCCAACGCCGAUAAAGAAGUUUCACUUCAAAAAAUAGUCGUCAUCCCUAUUGGACUUAUAUUUAAUUAGUAAGUAAUGUUGUAAUGUCUAAUACCUACAAAAGUACUUAAUAGCCGCAUAAUUUGUAUUGAUUACUAUUUUAGAAGUUACGAACUUUAUACUGUGAUUUGAUACUUAACUUUAGAUUGUUCUAGAUUUUAGUAAAUAUUUGUAUAUAUCUUGUCUUGUUCGAAAAUGAUUCAUUUUUUAUUUUUUUCAUUCCGAUUUGGAAAAUAAUGGUUUUAUAAUAAUAUAAGUGAUGCUUGUUUUAAUAUGUGACAUGUUACAAAAUAUAUUUUUCAACAUA